AUGAAGAUUUUACGUUUCAGUUUAAUCCUUCUCUGAAAUAUUUACAAUUGAUUUUUGAUGGUCGACAGUUGAAGCCAACAACUGGCUGGACUGUUAGUCCUCAUAAGAAUCCUUGUCUGAUUCGAGAACGUGAUAUACUUGGUCUUGGCGACAAUAGUACUAAAACUACAAUUCCUCCAUCUUGCCUGGUAUCAAUAUAUGCUGAGAAUAGUCCCCAUACUGUACCUAACUUGAGUUACUCUGUACCAUUGAAAGGAGUACAGGAACAAAUGGAGAUUAUAAUUAAUAGACCACUUAGAACUAUGUCAUCAUCAGACUCAGGAUAUUCACAAGCACUCAAUAUAAGUAAUUUGGAUGCAAUCCUGACUUAUCUGAAGGAAGGUAAUUUUCCUAGUAGCAGUUGGCAGGAUCUAGGACUGAAACUGGGAUUGAACUAUGAUACAACACUGAAAAAUAUAGAAUCAAAUUACUCUAAAGUUGAAGACUGUCUUAGAGAGUGUAUUGCUAAAUGGUUGCAGAGAGCUGAUGGUGUAGAUGCUAAAGGAGGAGCAACCUGGACCACACUAGCUAAAGCUCUUGAACAAUGUGACAGUGGCAGACCAUCAGCUGAUCACAUCAUCAGACGUAGAAAAUUGAGAAAGAGUGUCGAUCGGUCACAGAAUGAUGAACAUGAACUGCAUGAUUAAAAAAUCCAGCCACAAUAAUAAUAAUAAUAAUUACAAUAAAAACAUACAGGCAAUAGCAGCAAUAGUACUAGCAAUAAUAGUAAUGUGCUUAACAAUGAUAAUAAUAAUA